UCUAUUUGAAGUAAAAGAGGAAUAGAUCACAGUCGUGUUUCUCUAGAUCAAGAAGCUCUUCAACGUCAUCUUUCUUAUGAAAAACUAAAUUCAAGAUCUUUGCAUGUUGCAAUUAAUUUGAUAACUAGCAUAUUGACCAAUUAAGCACAGGAUUAAGACAUCUUCACAGAAAUAAACAUUUAUCAAUUUCAUUAUCUGAAAGUAUGGGAACUACCAAUCUGUCGAUGAGCUACUGGCAACCAGAAAAUGGAAGUAAAUUACUAAAGGCGAGAACAGAGAUGAAUAUAUUGGCUGACCAAAACUGUACUAUACACGACAACUUCCUAACGAUUCUUUUACCUGUGGUGUACUCUCUCAUAUUUUUAACAGGACUGAUUAGCAACAUUGCAGCACUAUGCAUAUUUUUCUUCAUUCAAAACAAGAAAAAUUCCAUCCACAUCUAUUUGAUUAACAUGGCAAUUGCAGACCUCUUCUCAAUCUCCUCCUUGCCUUUCAGAAUAGCAUAUCAUGCAAAUCAUAACCAGUGGAUGUUAGGGAAAUUGUUCUGCAAUAUCAUAGGCAAUGUAUUUUACAUGACAAUGUAUAUUAGCAUUAUACUUUUGGGACUCAUCAGUGUGGAUCGGUACUUAAAAAUAACAAGGCCUUUGCAGCAUUAUAAAAUACGGAAUGCUACCCAAAGUGCAAUGAUUUGUGCUGCCAUCUGGUUUGUUUCAAUUCUGAUUGUAAUACCAAUGCUUUUGAAGACUAAAGCAGUUAACAGUUCCGAUGACAAUUCAAAGUGCUUUCAUUAUCGAGAAAGAGACCAAUUCAAAACCUAUAUUAAUAUUUUCAUUGUCAUAAUGUUUUGGGUUGUAUUUUUUUGCCUCAUUCUUUCGUAUGGAAAGAUUUCUAAAAAGCUUUUCAGGCUUGGUAAAGAAAAACCUGGUUUUUCUAACAGCAAAAUUCUCAGCAAAAUUGCAACAAAAACGUUCAUUGUUCUUUUCAUUUUUACCAUAUGCUUCGUCCCAUAUCAUAUCUCCCGAUUCUUCUACAUUGCAUCUCAGCUUCACAUAACAAGCUGUUACUGGAAAAAUGUGAUGAAUAAAACGAAUGAGAUAUCACUUUUGCUUUCUGCUUUCAACAGUUGCCUCGACCCAAUCAUGUAUUUUCUGCUCUCAAAGACUGUUAGAAAAACAGUGCGGAAUUUAGUCAGCAAACAAUUCCAGAAAGACAUAAGAAGUGAGAGCACUUAAAAGUACAUUAUCUCCAGUCCUAGAUAUGUAUGGGUCUGUCUCAAACAAUUUGAGCAUGCAGUUAUAUUCCUUUUUCAAAACAAAAAUCAAUGGACAACAAAGAUUUCAGAUUU